GCUGUGUCCAACAGUUGUCACUUGAAAGCAGUUUGGAUCGAGCAACUUGUCCUACCAAACGGCUGGGCAUCUGCCAAGCUUCUGCUUUAACUGAAUUUCUUGCCAAUCUGUGAACUACUUCUGUGGCCCCUGUGCCCGCGCCUCUCAUUUCUGUUCUACGUUAAAUUUCAACUUGUAUAUGUCUGCACACGGCCACAAACAUACGGGUUCCGUGACCCAGAACCACAAAGCUCAACUUGCUAAUGCCUAUAACGAACUCGGGAAGGAACUCUCAUCGAGCAAGAUAAGGGUUGUCGGAAACUACACCCUUGGAAAGGUCAUCGGUGAAGGCGCGUACGGCAAGGUUCGCCUGGGCACUCACCGUAUCACCUCUACCAGAGUUGCCAUAAAGCAAAUUCCGAAGGCAAUGUCUGCCUCCCUCACCCGCGAAAUACACCACCACCGCCAGCUCCACCACCCCCAUGUCACUCAGAUGUAUGAAGUCAUUGCCACUGAAUCUCACAUCUGGAUCGUCACAGAACUCUGUUGUGGUGGCGAGCUCGAAUCCAGUAUCAUUUUUGGUCAACUUGCACUUGCAGUCGCAUAUCUACACGAGAAGGGCAUCGUCCACCGAGAUCUGAAGCUUGAAAAUGUCCUACUUGAUGAACGCUGUCGCGUCAAACUUGGCGACUUUGGCUUUACUCGCGAAUAUGACCGCGGCGUCUAUAUGGAGACUUUUUGUGGCACUACCGGUUACGCGGCCCCUGAGAUGCUCCAAGGCAAGCGUUACCUCGGUCCAGAGGUCGACGUUUGGUCCAUGGGUGUGAUUCUCUACUGUCUUCUAACUGGCACACUUCCGUUUGAUGAUGAUGACGAAGCAGUCAUGAAAGAAAAGGUCAUUAAAGGCCAAUAUGAAGACCCCGAGUGGCUCUCUACAGACGCCCGCGACCUUAUCCGCAACAUUCUCGAGGUUGAUCCUGCCAAGCGUCUGACAAUCCCACAAAUUCUAGCCUCUCCCUGGUUUACAUCCACUCCUUCCGCCCCUGUUUCCGACCAAGUACUACUUGGUGUCAAUUGCGUUCCUCCAUCCCCGUCACUUGCCCGCGAUACCUUUAUCCUCCUUGUAAAACCCGUCGUGAACACUCAAAUACAGGAUCCUUUCGACACAACUCAGAGUAACGAGAGCCAAGCCACAAUUACUAAGGCUGCUCAGCGCUCUCAAUGUUUCAGUAAAGAUAGCAUGACUCGACCACCUGAAACCGUCAUUGAAGAGGAAUCUGAAGCAGAGAACGUCGUACCAUCCGCCACAGGGUCAGUUACAAACCUCGAUCAGACCCCUAAGGCACCCCCGUAUCCAACACGUACACCCGCACGUACAAAGCGCCGCUCUGUGUCUUCUACCCUUUCUGACCCCGACUCACCAACACUGGACAAGCCAUUGGCCCCUCUACCACCCCAAGAUUUUGCAUCAUUGCUCAGCACUCCAGCUCCCAUAAUUUUCUCCACGCCCGCAGAACGCGACCUUCUCAAUAGCCUCAGUCUACUCGGAUUUGACACUAGUCAGAUCGUGCAUUCUGUUCUCAGCGAUGCAUGCGACGCUGCAGGUGCUAUUUGGUGGAUGCUAAAGCGUAAGCGGGAAAAACGCGUUUCGGCUGGAGAGAUACCGGCCCCUCCCGAGUUUUCCGAGCGCGAAGACAGCAAACAGCGAGAGAAAGACGGAGAGAAAGAGGACCGCCCUGAUUCUCGGAGACGAACCAAGCGUGGCAUCGGUGUGCAGACUGACGAUGCCACAAUUACCUCAUCAUUGGGUCUAAUACACCGUGCUCCUGAAUUUGCCUUGCUGCCUCCGACGCCCACCGUCCCAUCAUCCACACGGCCUAUGACGCCACCACGUGCGAAAUCGCCGUUUCUGUCACCGUCACCGACUACUGCUGAAUCCUCCGGCAGGUCCAAUCCAUCGACGCCUAAUGGAAGCUUCAAAGAUAAGGACAAGGACAGUAAAGGGAGGAGGGAUAGCAAGGCACGCUCUGGCAGUGUGAGCAUUAUGCAGCGCGCCACGAAUGCCCUUGAAAUCGCAGGUCUCGUGCGCAAGAAAUCAAGCGAAGUAGUAAAAGGGGAGGACAAGGACCGCGAGCGGGAAAGAUCCAGAGAGCACGAGAAGCGAAGUGGAGGCGGGGAAGAGCCCCGAAAUUCUGGGAACUCCUCCAAGUUGACCAAGUCCCCGCCUUUGAAACCUAAGGACCAACCUAUUGUCCCUACUAUCCCGUCUGUUGCAGAGUCAAGUGUUCUGUCCCCUUUGCCUGGUUCGCCGUGGGUGGUCACUGGUGGCCGAACGUCUCCUCCACAAUCACACGCGCCGACACCUGCAAACUCGCCAGGUGAUACGCUGACGAGCCUACCGAACUUCUCAGACGAGGGAAAGGUUGUGCCACCUAACCGGAAUCGUGCCAGUUUAUUGUCUACGUUCAGAUUGUGGUUCCAGGAAGAUAAGAAAGGAAAGCGGAAGGAGGCGCCUCAAGCUCAAGGCAGUGGACGCGGACUCUCAUAUAGCCGUUCUCUUGCCAUCCCUCCUACUGCUUCCAUGUCACCUGGUGGUCAUGGAAAUGUGAAGAAAAGAGGCAGUGGAAUUGGGCGUGGACGGCGUGUGAAACGUCACUCAACCUCGUCGCGUCGCUCAAGCAGUGUGAAUUCCCGUCGGUCGUCAGGAAACUCUGGGCAAAUGCUAGUUCUGGAGCCACCUCACAUACUGGAGCAAAUUCCCAGCGUGCGAUCGUAUGGCGGUGCUCAUACGCCGGGAUCUGACAGGGGAGAAUAUUCAUCGCGCCCCUCCUCCAUUCAUAGUGUUACACUUGGGAAGCAUCGCAAAUCGCCAUCUGCAGGGUCUAAUGGGUCAGCGCACUAUCGCACCAAUUCACCGAUGCAUAAAUAUCACCACAGACGAGCCGGGUCUUCUUCGUCAACUCGUGUCAUACGUCAUCAGGCAGGACCUCGACCUGUACACCAUAGGACUAGUUCUGCUACGUCGUCCGUCCAUUCACUAGCGUCCUCCCGGCCAACUUCAUGUUAUGAAGUCUCGGAAGGAGAAGGCACCCGCACGAGUUCUCCGUACAAGAGCUACCCGUCCCGCCGCUCGCUUGACGACACCCCGCGGCGUGGGACAACAGGCGGUGCGACAUUCGUGGCCCAGAAACGGAUCACGCCUUUCAUGAGUCCCUCAGGAACCGUCGGACGAACAGGCUGGAAAAAAUCCUGGGGCCACGAGCCUCCUGGCUGGCAGUCCCGUUCUACGCAUCUCCCUAUCGAAGUGCUUUCGAUAUCUCCAGGACCAGAUGGGCCCGCGAGCAUUCGGGAUGUGUUUACCGGGAGGCAGAGUCUCAAUUUGGGCGAUGAGAGCGAUUGGGUGGAUGAGGAUGAUGACAUACCUGAGUUUGCGGGUGGGUUGGGUCAGAUGCCGUCGAGCUCGAGUACGAGCUCGUCGUUUAUCCCCGUCGAGUCGCCGAUCCCCAUGUCGCCUCCUGCACGGAAUCAUAACUCACGUUCGGGGAAGGGUCGUGCUACUUCACUGGCUCCGCCGAAUAGCAAUAGCAGGGCCAAACAAGGCCAUUCGCCCGCUAGGUCGUCACCUGUCCCGACGGAGAAUGUGUUCGAGGCUUCAGAUGUGAGAGCAGGGCGUCGUCAACUACCCACAAGCCGCUCAGGCCCUGCAUUCAGACAAGCGAUACAAGAAGAAGACGAGGGAGAAGAGGAAUAAAUCCUGGAUUUUUCUUUCUUUGGCGUGUUAUGCAUGCAUUGGUAAAUACUGUCUCAUAUUUAAGCUAGCUGCUGGUUUUCUGUCUUGGAUGCUCUCAUAGAAUUGCUCUCGUGCGCUUCCUCAUCCUUUUUCUGCGUCAUUAUGGUCUGCUAUUGUCAUCGCCAUCGAUAUGAGUCAUAAUGCGAUCCCUUCUUGUACUCUCCAUAUCAUUAUAUGAUACCCAGACUUCUACAUACUGUAUCUUUUUCGUCUCCGAGCUCGUACCGGUGUCUACAUAGGUGGACUAUCAUGCUAUUUAAAAACGAGAUGCGCGAGUAACCAAGGAACUUUGUCAAUAAGCU